GGGCAUUUAAGCGAGUAACAAAGGACUUUUACGAGACCCCACGAGUGGUCUUCUGUUACAUUUUUUUCCCUAAAUAAGGUCCCCUCACUCACUUUCUCUCUCUCACUCACUCACUUUAACUUCGUUCUUAAAUCUUACCCUUCUUCACUUCUCGCACUCUUGUAAUAUUGCGUCUGUUCCGGUCUGAGCAAGACAACAGUCAAUCAGUAAACAAGAACCCCACAACUCAAAACUCACAGUCUCACUCACUUCACUUUGGGUCCAAACACUUUUGAAAUUCUCUCUCUAAGCCUUGCCCCCACCCCCUCACCCCACUUAGUUUUUUCUCUGAGUAAGUUGUUAGUGUUGAAUGAACAAAAGAAAAGUUCCAUGGGGCUCAUGAAUUAUCAUCUAUGAACAAAUAUAUUAUUAUUAUUAUUUAAAAAUAAAAAAAAUGGAACUAUCAGAUUUACAAAACAACAAGCAGAAGAGAGGCACCACCAAUAUUCAUCCCCACCACCAACAACAAGAAUCAUCCUCACCUUCAAAUUCUCAUCAUCAGCAGCUUGUGGUCCCUUUUGAUGGAAGGCCAUCACCUUUCAUUAUGGGCUCCAUCUCCAAUAUUCAACCUUCUUCAAACUCUUCUCCCUCCAAUUCAUCUUCUUCUUCUGCUUCUGCUUCUGCUUCUGCUUCUGCACCCACUCAACACCUCAUUGAUGCUUCUCUCGCAAUUGCCACCAGAUCUGAACCUCCUCUUCCAGAUGUAUCCAACAACCAAAUUCAACCAUUUUCUUCAACUUCAACCACCGUCACCGCUGUUGCAAAUCCUCCAAAACGAUCCACCAAGGACAGGCACACAAAAGUUGAUGGUCGUGGACGGAGAAUUCGAAUGCCGGCGACAUGUGCAGCAAGAGUUUUCCAGUUGACCAGAGAAUUAGGCCACAAAUCAGAUGGUGAAACAAUUGAGUGGCUUCUUCAACAAGCUGAGCCGGCGAUCAUUGCCGCUACCGGUACCGGAACAAUCCCAGCCAAUUUCUCAACGCUCAAUGUCUCACUCCGUAGCAGCGGCUCUACACUCUCUGCGCCGCCUUCGAAAUCAGCUCCUCUCAGUUUUCAUAGCGCGCUUGCACUGGCUCAUCAUCCUUAUGAAGAAGCUGCGUACCAACACGCGCCUCUGUUAGGGUUUCAUCCUCAUCAACACCACCAACAACAACUGAUGAACGCUGAUCAAAUUGGUGAAGCACUUUCAAACGAGAAUUACAUGAGAAAACGGUAUAGAGAAGAUCUUUUCAAAGAAGAUAACAACAAUCAAAAUGAAAGUGGUGGUGACGGUGAUGGUUCUUCUUCUCCCAAAAGUUUCAAAACAAAUCAUCAACAACAAGAUGAUAUGGGGGAAGGUGACGGUGGUGGUGGUGGAGCUUCUUCAUCUUCUUCAAUAGGUAAUUCCUUUUCUGGACUUCUUCGACCAUCGAAUAUGUUACCGGCAACAGCCAUGUGGGCAACAGCAGGGAGUGGAAGUACAAUUUGGAUGGUACCGGUGAGUGGUGGUGCAGCAACUUCAAAUUCAGAAACACAGACACAAAACAUGUGGCCUUUUAAUCCUCAUGUACAGUCUCAAAAUCAAGGAAACGCUGCUGUAACUCCGUCUCAGUUACAUUUCAUGCCAAGGUUCAAUGUUCCAGCUUCUGGUGGUGUUGAAUUUCAAGGUGGACGUGGUGGUUUACAAUUGGGUUCAGCGUAUCAACCAUCACAGCAUUUGGGAUUGGCUGUGUCUGAUUCCAACAUGGGUAUGUUUGCUGCUCUUAAUGCUUAUAAUAGAGCUGCUCAUUUCAAUGUUAACAACUCUUCUGAUCAUCAUCAACAACAGCCUCAACCUAAUGAUGAGAGUGGAGAAGAUGCUCCUAAUACCUCACAAUAACCAUCCAUGAUUCCAAGUUGAAUUUCUCAUAACUAAUUCAUUUUGGAAAUUCCAUGGAUCCCUAUGCAUGCUAGAGCAAUGGACUUGAGUUUCUCUUAGAUGUUUUUAUUUUAUUGAGUUGAUUUGUUUAGGGUUGAUAUGGAGGUACUUGGUAUGGUGUAUUUUGGUCCAAAGGGACUUUUGCAGACAGAGAGAGUUUGUUUGUAUAGGAGGAAAUUUCUUUUGCUAUUUUUUUUUUUUUAUUUAUUUAUUUCGUUUUCUUGCCUCCUCUGUGUAUGAUAACAUAAUUCAUCAAAAACAAAAGGAUUUCAAACAAAA